AUGAUCGCGAACAGGGGGUCGCCGAGCCGGGCGCUGAAAUCGGUAGCCGGCGGAAGGAGGAGAGCUCUGUUCCUUCGUCGGAACUGGGCGGCGCCGAGACACCAAUAUAAUCACCAGAGAGAGAGAGAGAGAGAGAGGAAAAAGAGAGAGAAAGAAAUUAUGUCGUUGUCAAAGAUUUUUUCGCUCUACUCCAAGCACGAGGGGAAACACGUGAGCCAGAGAGACCCAAACGUGUACCCUGCUCUCGGCGUCGCCGCCGACAAGGUUUGGAGCCCCGUCGCCAGGUUCGAGUCGGAGCCGUCCAAGUCCCACCCUUCGAUGGUCCACAUCAAGAUCUCGUACAACAACAAGUACCUGUGCCGCCGCGACUCCACCUCCGCCGAGAAUCUCAUCGGCGCGUCGGCCGACAAGCCUUGUGGUUCACUCGGUUAA